CCCGUAUCUCUAAAGAAUUUUUGUGCAAAAAGUGGCUCCUAGCGGCCAAAUUCUAAGAAAAUUCUCAGAGGCAUGACGUUUUCUUAGAAUUUCCCCUAAAAGUGACACGAAAAUCCCAGUUAAUAUAAAAGCUAUUCCUCAAGAGUCCUAGCGCUUAAAAGGGCUCCUAAGGCGAGAUCUGCUAAGAGCAGGGAAGAGGACUUUUAGUGGCUUAGGAGUUACCCUAAGCAGCUGCACAAAAUGGCCAACAGAGGAGGCAGGAGAGAUGUCCUGCAAACACUGGAUGACAGGGAAUUAUUGAGACGCUACAGAUUGGAUCGUGCAGGAAUCAUGUUUGUGGUGGAUCUCCUUAGAGAUGCAAUUACUUCACCAACUCGACGCCACAACGCUAUUACACCGGAGAAGAAAGUAAUCACAACCCUGAGGUAUUUGGCAACAGGGAAAAUGCAACAAUGCAGCAGUGAUGACUUGGGUCUGUCCCAAUCCUCCGUCAGCAGAGUCAUCACCCAAACACUGACAGCUUUGUCACAACCUAAUAUUGUGACACAAUUUGUUUCAUUCCCGCUGGAUGCCCGCACUUUACACACACAUAAAAGGGCAUUUAUGGACAUUGCAGGAUUCCCUGGCGUUGUGGGUGUAAUUGAUGGAACACAUGUGAGAAUAAUUGCGCCAUCAGAGGACGAGGCUGUCUUUGUUAACAGGAAGAAUUUCCACAGCAUCAAUGUGCAAAUAGUGUUCAAUGCGGCCUGGAAGAUUUUGGACAUUGUGGCUAAAUGGCCAGGCUCCACACAUGAUGCGAGAAUGCUCUCCGAGAGUGGCAUCAGACAGCUUUUUGAGAGACGCUAUGUGCCAGCUAAUUGCCACUUGUUAGGGGACAGUGGCUACCCAUGCAAACCAUGGCUCCUUACACCUUACCUCCAGCCACGCCAAGGGCCCCAACUAAACUAUAACAGGGCCCACAAGACAACAAGAGCGGUGGUGGAGCGUGGCAUAGGCCAGCUUAAGAGGCGCUUUCAUGUUCUCCACGGAGAGGUGCGGCUGAGGCCUGAAAAAGUCAGCAAACUCAUCAUAGCCUGUGCAAUAUUACACAAUAUUUGCAAGGUUAGACAGAUUGCAGAACCUCUGGAGGAUGGCGAUGAGGAUGAGGAUGGAGACAACGAUGAGGAUGGUGGUGAAGAAGAUAUUCACAUUCCACAGGGGAACCUAGCCCAGAGUGGACUGCCUUACAGGGCAAACUUCACAAAUUUACAUUUCAGGCAAGCUGUAGCCCCAUGUCAUUUGAGAACUUGUGAUGGUAUUAAGAACUACCACAGUUUUACUGCACAUCACCUGCAACUGUUAAAUGCAAGACACAGAACACAAUCUCUAAAUGGUUUAUUUUUUAGGUGUUCAAUUUUAAGGCGGUAG